GUUCUUGACAAUAAUUUCUGGUUUCUCGUGGUUUCCACUUAAUUUCAUCCCAAUUGUUGUCUUGAUUAAAUUAUCUUUUCGCUAAUUCUGUUCCACCAACAGUUAACUGAAUAUGACAUUAACUACCGGAGAUAAAGUCGGAGAGAUUCUUGUUUUUUCUGGUCAAGCUUUUACUAAAUUAGGUGAACUGAUUGGCUCUUAUGACAAACCUGAUUCAGAUUUCUCCAGUGACAAAUGGACAGAGGAAGAUAUCGAAACUCUGAGAACAACCAUUCGAACUUUCAGUGAAGAUUUGAAUAAUUUGUCGGAAAAAUUACGAAACAAAGCGAUCGCCAAUAUGAAGCAAGGGAUGAAAAGAAGAGCUCAAGCUUCCAAAGGAUUGACUCAUGUCACUACAUCACCGAAAAUGUCAAAAGUUGCCAAACAAUCAAAUUAAAUUGGAUGAAACAAAUUGUACAGAUUGAAAUUUAUUCACCGAUUCCUUUAAAUAUCUUCACCAUUUUACUCACCAAGAGAUCUUCAAUCUCCAUGGAAGGAUAUUCAUCAAAGUCUUUUCUCAUCUCUUCAUUUUUUUAAUUCGUUUGUUGAAUCAAAUAUCAAUUGUAACACUUGAAAAUUCAUUCAUUUCAUUCAUGAGCAUAAAAUUUAUUAAAAUAUUCUAAUCGAUUGACAGAA